AUGUCCAAGAUUCCGGGAUCCGCGCACAUGAACAUGGGCGUUGGUGGUUUGACUAUUCUCGGCGGCGUCGCCGGUUUUGCGCGCAAACGUAGUAAAGCAAGCUUGGUCGCCGGCCUCGGUGUGGGCUCGAUGCUGCUUGGUUCGAGCUAUCUGAUUGUCAAGACGGAUCAAAUCUACGAAGCGCAUCUACUGGGCACUACCGCCGGCGGUAUUCUCGCGCUGGGAAUGGGAAAACGCUUCGUGUCGACGAGGAAGGUCAUGCCAGCAGGUCUGGUCAUGGCGCUUGGUGCCGUGACUUGUGCGUACAACUUCAACAAGGCGCAAGAAUGGAAACCCACGUAG